AUGUGGCCCGUCUCGGGGUCCCAAUCCAGGAAGACGGCAAUUACCAGCUCAGCUGAGUUUGCUGGUAAUGGCUUUCACACUUCGCUGCCAAGUCAUUGUUUGACCGCCUCUGGCUCUCUUCCACCCUUCACAUGGUUGUGCGAAAGAGCCCUUCGAGGAAGUCGGUCGACUGGCAUACGCAGCACGUGGCCAAGCCAGCGCAACCUAUGCAGUGUAAUCAGUUCAUCUAUCGAGGGUGAAGGUGUUUCUCCGAAUACCGUUCGACAUACUUCAGCAUUGCUGAUCCGGUGUCCCCACCAGAUUCGGGCAAUGCUCCGAAGACAUCGAUGGUCAAACACUGAAAGCAUUUUGACGUCCUCGGCGCGCAGCGGCCAGGUUUCUGAUCCAUAUAGUAAUAUGGAGCGCACCGCAGCAUUGCAGCAUCGCUGCUUCCAUAAAUAUGGACAUGCUGGUCGCCUGGGGGAAACACCUUACUGCCUUCACACUCCUGUCGCCGAGGACAGUACGACUUUACCCCCAGACCGCCUCGUAGCACGAUUACUCGUAGUGCGGGGUCUCGCUGCUCUUGGUCUGGCUGCUCCCCUUUGGCCUCGCUGGCAUAGUUUAACCUUGUUGAACGAAGUUCCAGCCAGUGUAGUCUGCGGGAUCAUUGUAGCACUCGAGCCCGACCACCACGUCAAGGUGGCAGCUUCAGGUCGGGAUUCCAAAUAUGGGGGGGGGGGUAAGGGAUUCUUUGUCAGAUCUGUGUCCGUUGAAAAACCUGGCAGGAGAGACCCGAUGCUGCACGAGCAACUUCCAGUACAGGAGUUAGUUGUUCGCAUUCACGUGGAAUCAGAGGAUGCAUUCAAAGACUAUCCGUUGCUUGUUGUUGUGAAACAAAGGAACGAAGUGACCUCUUUUCGAGUUCCUACCGUGGUCAACGAACUCUCUGUUUACCACAACGUCAGUCGAACCCUAUGCCCCCUCAAACUAAGUUCUGAUUUUUCGGUCAAUUUCACGGUUGAGCUGUCUACGUUCUCCCUGAAGAAUGUUAGCUUCAAAUUCCGGGCUGAAUCUGUGACCGAUUUUGACCUUAGAAAAGAUGAUCCUUUGAAUUUCCUGCUUCGCCCGGCACAACCGGUUUAUUUUCGCUAUCAGUUUACACAUCCACUGGAUUCUGUUGCCGUCAAGGUCGUCUCUCCUGACAACGUUUGUAUGGUUCUCUCCCUCCAAACUAUGCAGUGCCCAGUUAGUGAUGGACUGGAUACAGUGCAGAACGCGGGUCUUUAUCAGACGGUAACCAAUUUGGGCGUCAUAUCUGCCAAUGUAUGUUCCAUGCGUACCUCCACGGUAAUCCAUCCUUUGGAGUUGCAAUAUCCCGAUGGAUUCUAUGUCGUUCUAGUACUGAAAGCCACUGAUUUUGCUUGCACAGGAAUGGAAAGGCUUCUACCUAUUCCCACAGCACACUUCCAACAGCAUCGUGAGCCGAACCGUCAAAAUAAGAAUGUCACUUUGAAGAUUUUACCCGCUCCAAGCCGCUGGGAUUACAUUAUCCCCAUCUCCGGUGCAUUUGGUUUCUUCGCCCUCUUCUAUUUGGCUGGGAUUAUUAUCAUAUGCACGUCUCGGUACCUCCCCCACCGGCACGAACGGUCUGUUGAUUUAACUCCACAACACUUCGAUUUAUUAAGCGAAGAAGCUGAGGCUUUUUGUCAGCCCACCGAUGUUGUACGGAAUUAUGGCACUGCUACACACAUAACGACUACUCACCCAUCGUUGCAUACAGAUUCUUCUCUGGUUGACAUGCUGGAUACAGAGGAAUCCGAGUCUCGGUCGCUCAAGCCUCCAAAACCGCUGUGCACGCAACGUGCCCGUCGAGGCAAUGAUUCUCAAGGUGGUGAUAGCCGCUCGAGGACCUCGACCACACAGCAACUACCGAGCACAUCCCAUCACGCCGAUGUGUCGCUUUCUGUACCACGUGGUGAAAAUUCUUUAGGAGGAUCAACUGCUUCGCUAAAUCAUUCGAGAACCUUGAUCAUGGAACAUACGCGUGAGCAUCAUGGGUGGUUCAGCUCUUCAGAUGAAGAACAACCUGAGGGACACUUCGUCGGAGCCCAGGACACUCUUGAUAAAUACUCUCACCGCAGCCCACAAGUUCGGUCCUUUACUCCAGGGUCAGUCAUUCAGCAUGAGGUGUCCGAAACACGUCCGAUUACGGAAUUGCGUCGUCCAAAUCACUCACCUGUUAGUACUGGUACAACUCAGACAAGUGCACCAGACAAGCAAGCCCCCUCUGAACGUGGAAGCCGUGAGGUGUUGACAAAUGCUGAGCGAAACACAGAUGAUGUAACGAUUUUGCUUUCCCAAAACGAUAUGUUCCGCAUUGUUCCCGUGUCUAAUCUCUCCAGAAAACGAUAUACCACAUUGAACAGAAAAUAUCUGCUUUACUUUUGGUACUUGAUCAUUAUCUCCAUAUUUUACGGGUUGCCGGCCAUUCAGCUUAUUAUGAUCUACCAAAAAACUUUGGUUGAGACUGGAAACGAAGAUUUGUGUUACUACAACUUUGAAUGCGCACGGCCACUGGGCAUCUUCACAGCGUUCAACAACAUCAUUUCGAACAUUGGUUAUAUCAUGCUCGGUCUGCUGUUUCUCACGGCUACAGCGCGAAGGGACCUUAUCCACCGGCGACGUCGGAAGCUUGAUCCAGAAGUAACUGAAACCCGAGGACUCCCGCAGCACUACGGACUAUAUUAUGCCAUGGGAUUGGCGUUGACGAUGGAAGGCAUAAUGAGUGCCUGUUACCAUAUGUGUCCAAGUUUUUCAAAUUUUCAGUUUGACACAGCUUACAUGUAUAUACUGGCGAUGCUGAUCAUUCUGAAAAUUUAUCAAACGCGACACCCGGACGUCAAUGCUUCUGCCCACUCCGCCUAUAUGGUGAUGGCCGUAGUCAUCUUUCUGGGCGUGACAGGAGUGGUCUAUGGAAGCCAAACUUUUUGGAUUGCGUUCACCAUUUUAUUCCUGCUUAUGAGUGUGGUUUUGACAGGCGAGAUCUACUACAUGGGACAGUGGAAUAUAGAUUACUGCCUACCGCGUCGUCUCUUCAGUAUGAUCAAGUCUGAUGGCAUCCGCUCUCUUCGACCCAUGUACCUGGAACGGAUGAUUCUCCUACUUGUCGCCAACUUGGUGAACUUUGCCCUCGCCGGAUACGGUGUGGCGACCCGUCCUCGUGAUUUCUCUUCAUUCCUUCUGUCCGUUUUUAUGAUCAACAUGAUGGUUUACACGCUGUUCUACAUUUUCAUGAAGAUAAGGCACAAAGAACGGAUCCUUCUAGCACCCAUUCUCUACAUGGUUGCAGGCCUGGUCUGUUGGUCCGCGGCAAUUUAUUUUUUCUUCCUUCGAAACACCACGUGGGAAGUCACACCGGCCCAAUCACGAGCUCUCAAUCAUCCGUGCUUGUUGUUCGAUUUCUAUGAUGCGCACGACAUAUGGCACUUUUUGUCCGCGUCUUCCAUGUUUUUCUCCUUCAUGAUGCUAAUGAACUUGGAUGAUGAUUUGGUUGAUCGACCUCGCGAUCAGAUAGCUGAAGUUCCAAUUGAAGAAGUGAAGAAGCGCUCAGCUGUAGCACCCUUCCGGUGCCUAGCUGCCAUGCCACGCGAAAGAAGCACGAGGGCUGGGAUACUGCCAGGUUGCCCAAGCCUAGACGGGAAGUCGAGUGGCGGAGGUCGGAUUCGAACCACGCGCUCUAACCACUUGGGCCAUCUCGCCCCGUGGGUUGCAUUUGGCACAAAAUACACUCAUUUGCAAAUCAAUUUGGUUUUCACGGGAGACUUAACUGAAUCUCUCGUUCAUGAUAUUCUACAACAGAAUGUACUGCACACAUGCCGCCUCAUGAUUCAGUUGGCACGAUAUUCGAGAUAUCGCAGUAAGGAAACUACUCACAAGGUUGCUGAAUACUCUUCGACAGCCCACGUCCGGUUUCGCCCUUCUUGGGGCUCAUCAGUUAGGCACAGUCCCCGAGUUUCCGUCAAACUUAUGUUCUACUUGAACCCCAAUUAG